AUGGACAAGGCUGAGAGGUGGAAGCCGCUUCGAAAGGCAGAGGAAGAUGCGAACGAAAUACUUAAAGUGCUCGAAUGGACCGAGGCCUUGCGCAAUGCCCGUAAUGUAUACAAAGAGCUUAUUGACUUGUUAGCAGCUGCUUUCGGUUCCUGCUACACGAAGGUAUCGUGGUCACACUACGAGGAUUGCAUCAUAUACAACGAUGAGGUCCAAUCGAAAUUCGCAGAAGUUGAAAAACUCUGGGGCGAGCCUGAGUUUCCUCCGGGAGAAAUCGUGUCAAAGGUCGGGUUGCCCAAUUUCAACAAGAACCUGACCAGCCCCGACCCCGAGGCGCAAAAAGUUAGAGCGAAAGUGGAGUAUCUGGAAGACGCGGUGAAAGAAUUAAAAGAUGGUAUAGCCUCAAUGCACUGA